UCGAAUAAUAUUCCUCACACCAUGCUCACACUGUGCCCAGCUCAGCGCGGUAUGCAAAACGUGGAAAUACCUGUGAAAAACACUCUCGAACCAGGCCACAAUGUUUAGUGCAGUAUUUGGGACAGUGAAAUCACUACUCCUUACAGCAACCAGCAAGCAGGAAAAUUCAAGCCAAUCUACUGAAAAUAAGGACUGGAAACCUCAAGAAGAUUGUGCAAAAUAUGCUAAAAAGUGUCCUUAUGAGGGACUUGAGUAUGGUCAGUUUAUUGACAGUUUACACAAGGAAGAUGAUGCCAAAGAAAAAUCUUCAUUCAGGGGCAAAGUGACAGAUCUCCUGUAUGGCUACGGCCUGAUCAACAGCAAUGUCUACUUUACCUAUAACUGCAUGGUUGGAGGUCAGCGUCCUCUCGUUGGGGAUUCUGUGGAUGUAGUCGCUGUCCGUGACCAUGGCAUGGGUGGCUGGAAAGCCACCAGGGUGAACUUGUGUGAAGAUUGGGACAGAGAUGAUCAAGCAUACCGACAGAAUCCUGAAACGGGCACUCUAAUUGGAACGAUUACCAAAGUAGCCCAAGAUUCGGGGUUCAUCAACGAGACAGUGCCUUUUGACCAGGACUCGCUGGUCUUUGGCUACAAACCCUGCCGUGGUGAUUGGAUCCAGGGUGACCUGACCUGUGACCCUUCCACCGAUAGAACUCAGGCACGCAACGUGAGACCCCUGCGUGAGCAGAAAUUCUCGGGGUCAGUAACCCACUUGUUCCCGGGCUACGGUCACGUGAAUGGAAGGAUCUACUUCACGUUUCGGGUCUGUGAGGGAGGAUGGAGACCAAGGAAGGGAGAUCCUGUAGAAGGAAGAAUGAUUGAAUCCAAACAGAGUAAAGGCAACUGGAGGGCAGUGACAAUGAAACCGGACACAAGAAGUGGCAGACUUAGUAAGUUGGAGACUCGGGAUUCUCCGUUUGCCAAGUGCUUGAAGGAAGAUUUCAAGAGAAAUAAAGGCGGCAUCACAAUAACAGACAGCGAUCUUGGUUUGUGUCUCAUGGGAAGUAGCAAGAGCACAACAGUGUGCAUCAGGAAUGUUGGUGGUGAAGCUCAUAUUCUGACAGGUUACAGUGUUGUUUGUCCGACCGGUGAUGUGUCUGUCAAGUUCAGUGCUGUAUCUACAACAGAGAGGCAACCAAACCAAGCAUCUUCUCCGUCCUCACUAGUGCCCAAAGAGACCUUUGACAACACACUACCUAUAGCAUUGCCUACUCUGACUGCUAUGUUUGUAACACUGACUGUUGCAGCAAAACAACUAGGGAAGUGUCUGUGUCAAGUCACCUACCACUUCAACAGCUUCAGCAUCAGCCGGCUGCACACACUGAAUGUUCAGGACCAACAGGUGAUGGAGCUGGUCCCUGAAGGGUAUGCCUCAGGGGGCAAUGGGUCAGCUAGGAGCAAGGCCCAAAAAAGGAUGACAGGGACCAGGGAGGCGGAGUUUGGUGGAUGCAUGUUCCCUGGUGUGAGACCCACACGGAAUUUUGAUGUCAACGUUCCAGUGAAGUUACCCCAGUACCCGGUUCCUAGAGAUAUGAGGACGUGUGUUUUAGAGGAAGGGGAUUUAGUCAGUGUGUGUCCUCAGCUCAUGGAGUCUCUUAGUUUGGAAAACUUCAGUCGCCGUUUUUCAGCUCUGUUGCAUCUGGAGGAGAUCGAGAUGGACGAAGGCAUGAGAGAGUUCGACAUGGAUAGGGCGAGCAUGAGACCGCGUGGCGAGUUUCUCUCCCUGGAAGUACCUGGACUAGCCGAAGGUCGACCCUCCGUCCUUAUUGGAGACAAGAUUAUUGUGAUGCACCCAAACAGUGUUCGUUAUGAAGGCUACAUUCAUGAAGUUCUGGGUGAAGCUGUACUCCUCAAGUUUCAUCCUUCCUUCCAUGAGCUGUACCAGGCAGAGGAAUGCAAUGUCAUGUUCACGUACUCAAGAACUUCAUUGAGAAGGUGCCAUCAAGCUUGUGAAUUUGCCAAAAACCUGGGCAGUCAAGUGUUAUUCCCCACCAAAGUUGAAGCCAAGCCACCACAAGUUAGUGUCGCCUUCCGGUCGCGUGUCACUUCCUCUGUCACUAAACUGAUAUGUCACAAGCCAAGAUCUAUCAUCAAGUUACCAACUUCCCAGAAAGUGGAGACGUCAACCAGGUCUCCAAGAAAUAAUGGCCAAUGGAAAAAGGAGACACCACCAAGAUUUACCAAAGGAAAAGCUUCCAACACCAGCCCUGAAUCUGACGAUGCCAAGUUUGUGACGCCGAGGAUACAAGAUGUGAAAAUAUCGCACAUUGCCGGAAAUGGCCAGAAGAUGGCAGAGUUUAUCAACCCUCGUCUGAAUGCUCGCCAGCAGUCGGCAGUCACCAGAGUCCUCCAAGGAGAAGGCAGGCCCUUACCUUACAUCAUCUUCGGACCGCCGGGCACUGGGAAGACAGUGACGAUAGUGGAAGCGAUACUACAGGUCCUCAUUCACUUGCCCUCUAGCCGUAUCUUAGCCUGUACUCCCUCAAAUAGCGCUGCUGACCUAUUGACUGAGCGACUUCACAACAGCGGCAAGGUAAAUCCUGGCGAUAUGGUCAGACUCAAUGCUUUCCAUCGAUCAGAAGAGAAUAUUCCACAAUGCAUCAGGCCCUACAGCAAGGAUGGCGAGAACCUGGCGGUCAUCUCCCACCAACGCAUCAUCGUCUGCACCUGCAUCACGGCGGGAAGCCUGUACCAGCUGGGCCUGAAGUCGGGCCACUUCUCCCACGUGUUUGUGGACGAAGCUGGCCAGGCCACCGAACCGGAGUGCCUCAUACCAGUGGGGCUGUCCAUCGGGUCAGAAGGACAGAUAAUCCUUGCCGGUGACCCAAUGCAGCUUGGCCCUGUCUUGAGCAGUCACCCUGCUAAGCGCCACGGACUUGGCCAAUCCUAUCUUGAGAGACUCAUCUUGAGGAAAGUCUACAGGAGAGAUGCUGAUAAGUACAGAGACCAUGGAUGUUACGAUCCACUACUGGUCACCAAAUUGGUGGAGAACUAUCGAUCCCACCCAGUCCUGCUCAAGUUGUCAUCAAAGCUGUUCUAUGACAAUGAGUUACUACCCAGGGCAGACUCCAAACUGACCCAUAGUCUGACUGCAUGGGAGAAACUGCCCAACACAAAUGGCGAUUGCCCGCUACUGUUCCACGGAGUUUUGGGCGAGGACACCAGAGAGGGUAAUAGCCCAUCGUGGUUCAAUCCUGUGGAGGUCGUGCAGGUCAUCAGAUACACUCAGAUAUUACUGAGCUCAACAUCUCCGGUUAUCAACACGGAAGACGUCGGCAUCAUCACGCCCUACAGGAAACAGGUGGAGAAGAUAAGGCUUUUACUGGCCAGCCUAGGUGUCGACGGUAUCAAGGUGGGAUCUGUCGAAGAAUUCCAAGGCCAAGAGAGGGUUGCCAUGAUUAUCUCCACGGUUCGUUCCAGUGAAAACCUAUUGACCUUUGACCUGCGGCACCAUCUUGGUUUCCUUAGCAACCCCAAGAGGUUCAAUGUGUCCAUUACCCGAGCCCAGGCACUGACGAUUAUCGUGGGCAAUCCUCACCUGCUGGCAAAGGAUCAGCAUUGGCGAGCUCUGAUUCGCUACUGCCUGGAGUGCGGUGCCUACACCGGUUGCCAACCGCCUGCUCUUCCACCUGAGGAGGACGAUAAUGAGGAGGAAUUACUGGAUGGGGGUCAGGAACCUGAUGCAUUGUUACUGUGGCAACAAGAAUCAAAGAUGGAUGUUGGGGCUCACUCAUCAAAGGAUCUUGAGAGCCAUCCCACAGAGGAAUUAGCAUCACAACCAGGCAGUGGUGUUACUGAACAAGGAGAAACUACAGAACAAGGAGAAGACAAGUGCAGUGAAAUUGGUCAGGCACCAAAUGGAGCGGUCGCAACACAACAUCUGGGUAUGGAUUCCAGCCAUCCAGUGGGGGAAACUUCUGCGCGAAAGGACAAAGCAGAUUAUCAGAGUGAUAUCGAGGUCAAUACAAACCGUCUAAAGCCAAAAGUUCAGUUUGAAGUCCCGAAUAUGAACCACUUGGCCGCUGAGGAUUCAUCCGACAGUCGACCUUUUGAGACAAGUACACCAAACGAGAGUGAGAAGACUCUGUACACCUCCAAGCCCAGCCAACAAGAGAAACCUGGAUUGUGCUCAGAGGUCGAGAAGCCUUGCAAAGUAUCCCAUCUUGCUGAUCUAACCAAUAAAAGAGUGUCGUCAGUUUCCACUGAAAAUCCUUCAAACUGUCUGCAAGGUGAAAGUUUUAACACCAAUCCAUCAGUGGAACUCAGCUCAGUUGAGCAACUUACAGAUGAAUCCCAAAGCGUGCCAUCUAAUAAAACAAAUGAUGGUACGGUGCCAACACUUUAUCCUACCAGUCACAGAAAAGAAGUUCAUGAGAAGCUAUCCUUGGAGCAGAAUGUUCCCGUUGGUAGCAGUGAAUUUGUUCCUGGGGAUACAAUCUCAGAUGCCAAGGGUUCUUCCACACAUUCACUUUCUCAAAGCUACAUACAAGUAGAUAAGAAACUAAGAGUACACUCAUCCUUUUCAUUCUCGUGUUCAGAUCUAGAGGAUCCUAAAGGAUUUACAGAGUUUCUCGACGACAAUGACCUGAACCAGCUUAAACCCUUGUCAAAAGUUCAAGUCCUGCGAGGUCAGAAAAUCCCUUCCCGUCAGAGUAUUUUAAGAAGUCAUCAGGACAGGCACUUAGAACCAACUCAAGGACUGUGCAGAGUGGAAAAAUCAGAGAUACAUCAAGAAGAUGGUGUUGAGGUGGUGUUGCUAAGUGACACGUUCUCCGAUCCAGAGGUCUGUGAUCCUGAUAAACCACUUACUCAAACCAACACCAUCCCAUCAACUAAAGAACCACUGUGCAUCAGAGACAGUGUAAGCUUAUCCAGCGCCAAGAACCAGCCAUCAUUGAUGGAAAGAGAGCAGCUUGGCAUUUCACUUAUACCCAUUCCAAGUGAUUAUGCCCAAAAGACAAUUGCUUCACCGGGAUCCAAGAUAACAUCUGAUUUGGAUUCCGUCCAAAUAUGUGAUGAAGGGGAGGACCCAGAAAUCUGGGAUGAGGAGUACGACACAAAAAGAGUCUCUCAUCAAACUCAUGGUGUAGGGCAUCAGCAAGAUGAAGCUGCUGCCAGCUCUGAACAGCAGAGUGAGGACAUCGAGAAGUGGGAUGACUACUCCUGGGAGGUCCCACCUAUGAGGGGCCUAUCUUUCCAAGGUUGUCCUCCUUUGCAAGAACCUCAGCACACCUCUCUUAAAAACCAUCUUUAUCUCAAAGCUGCAACUUCCAGGCUACAGUCAAAUUUAAUGACAGACAAUCUUGGAAGUGAGACCUCGCUGGUAGACAAUUCCACCCACCGCUGUCCAGCAGCAGAAACUCAGCUCGUAGAACCAGACCAAGACAUGCCAUCCCUUGAAGGCUGGCCUCAAGCGGGAAUGAAGCACCAAGACAAGAUGCUUAAAAAUACUAACAUUCCAACCAUGCAGCGAACAACAGGAACUCAUCAAUAUCAACACAAUGAAGUUAUCAAUGGACAUGCACAGAGACAGACAGACUACUGUUCAACUCAAAGGAUGUCUCAUUCUUGUGAGCCUGUUGGUGGACCUUGUGGUACGUCUCCAAGUCCUUUUCCCUUUGGCUUGGGGAGGGGCAGAGGGAUGCUUUCUGAAAAACUGAGACAAGCUGCACAAUCCAAAAAACCUGGAGGCAAAUCCAGUCCAUUCAAGAACCCCUGGAAGGUCAGUGCUCCAACUUACAGCAACAGUCCACACAAGCUGAGUUCCCAGCAACAGAUACAAGUACAUCAUCAGACCUGUGACACGAGCCCUGACGUCAUCCAAGGAAGACAACCCGAACAUCGAGGGAGGAUAUCUCCAAGAACUGGCGAGAACACGAAGCACCAGACCACCCCGGGCAGUCCGCAACAGGAUGCACAUGUGAACAGAAACCGAAACCCCGAGGAGAACAGUUACAAACUUGGUCAAGCUGAAUCUGACGAGUCUGGUAACCAAGAGGACUCAGAUGAUUGGAGCCAAGACAAUCACCCUCCCUUCAUCUACAGGAGACCCGUCAGCAGCCACCAGAAAGGCAGGAAAUGGAAGUACAUGUCACAGAUGGGAAGCAACACCCCCAGAUCUGAUGCCAAAAGAUACACAAAGGAUGAGGAUUUUAUGGGUGAUGCAAAGAACACUGUGAAUGUCAGGAAUCAUGAACAGCACAAGGCUAACCUGUGCAUGAGGACAGAUCCUAGGUGGACAGGGGCUUAUCCCGUCGCUCAAAGUCCAGAAAUGCUAGAGGACUACGAUGUCAUCAUUGAGAGCAAUGGUGACAACAGCAGUGAUUGUGCCAACACACCCCAAUGCGUAGUUCACCCAUAGGCUGUGGCGCUACACUAUAACCUUUGUUCAUCAGAUUCAUAAAACUACAUGUACAGUAAAAUGGAUUUAACCGAACAUUUCCAACCGAAUUUUGCUUGAGGUAGGUUACUACGGUACAUUGCUUUGAGAAUAUUUUGAGCUUUAAUUUUUACUUCCAAUUUGCUUUCUUGUUUUUACUGACGAAAAGACUUCCUGAUUUCAGGCAGAAGUUCGAUUUCUUGUUUGUAAAAACCUUUUGUGGUUCUUUCAUGUCACUU